AUGUACACACUUAAUUUACCAAGGUUUUUCACCGAGAUAGCGUCGGACUGUGACAUUCCCGACCAAGGGAACCACAGCCUCUCUUUCAUUAAUGAUGCCAAUGUUCUGGCCCUCCACCGUCUGCUCUGGAACAACCAGGAAAAGAUCGGAGACUACCUCUCUAGCAGCAGAGACCACAAGGCAGUGGGCAGACGGCCAUUUGACAAGAUGGCCACCUUGUUAGCGUAUCUGGGACCCCCAGAGCAUAGACCACUCGACUCUCAUGUUGGAAUAUUUGCCACCAGAUGGAGCAGUAUGGACAUGACAAGUACGAAAUUCGAAGAAAUCAUGUCAAAACACAACAUGCACGAAAAAGAUGAAUUCAAGUCGCUUAAAAAUCUACACAUAUUUUACCAGGCCGGGACAAGUAAAGCUGGCAACCCAGUAUUUUAUUAUAUAGCUAGAAGAUAUAAGUAAGUUUAUGUCUUGGUUCUUCGUGUUGAAAUAUAUAACUUGAUAAUUAUGUAAGUAAUACUCCUGUUCCAUACUUGCCAAAUGUUUUGAAAUUUCCAUGGGAGAGAUUGCACGUUCUUGCAAUUAAAAGCAUAAAUAAA